UCCCUUUAGGUUCCGGCCCUUUGUGCCGCACAUCCCCUUUGAUUUCUAUGUCUGCGAGAUGGCUUUUCCCCGCGUGAAACCGGCUGCCGAUGAGACUGCUUUCAGUGAGGCCCUGCUCAAGAGGAACCAGGACCUCGCCCCCACUGCUGCUGAACAGGCGUCCAUCCUUUCGCUGGUGACCAAAAUAAACAAUGUGAUCGACAACUUGAUUGUGGCACCAGGCACCUUUGAAGUGCAAAUCGAGGAGGUUCGUCAGGUGGGGUCCUACAAGAAGGGGACCAUGACGACGGGGCACAACGUGGCUGAUCUGGUGGUGAUCCUCAAGAUCUUACCCACCCUGGAAGCUGUGGCAGCCUUGGGAAACAAAGUUGUGGAAAGUCUGCGAGCUCAGGACCCUGGUGAAGUUCUGACCAUGCUGACCAACGAGACAGGCUUUGAGAUCAGCUCGGCCGACGCCACGGUGAAGAUCCUCAUCACCACGGUGCCACCCAACCUGCGCAAGCUGGACCCUGAGCUGCACCUGGACAUCAAGGUGCUGCAGAGCGCCCUGGCUGCCAUCAGGCACGCGCGCUGGUUCGAGGAGAACGCUUCGCAGUCCACGGUGAAGGUCUUAAUCCGGCUGCUCAAAGACCUGAGGAUCCGAUUCCCCGGCUUCGAGCCCCUCACGCCCUGGAUCCUGGACCUGCUGGGCCACUACGCCGUGAUGAACAACCCCACCAGGCAGCCCCUGGCUCUCAACAUCGCCUACAGGCGCUGCCUCCAGAUCCUGGCCGCGGGGCUCUUCCGCCCCGGAUCCGUUGGCAUCACGGAUCCCUGUGAGAGCGGGAAUUUCAGAGUCCACACGGUCAUGACGCUGGAGCAGCAGGACAUGGUGUGUUACACUGCACAGACCCUUGUCCGCAUCCUCUCCCAUGGAGGCUACAGGAAAAUCCUUGGCCAAGAGGGGGAUGCCAGUUACCUGGCUUCGGAGAUGUCCACGUGGGACGGAGUGAUAGUGACGCCUUCCGAGAAGGCUUAUGAGAAGCCUCCAGAGAAGAAAGAAGGAGAAGAAGAGGAAGAGACU